GUACUUCUAAGCAAGACCAGAGUUAACUAGUCAGCUAGUCUUAUCAUGAAACAAGGGUUACGCCCGUGGAGGCGGCUAUCUAGUCCAAGCUUGGCAGGAUCUGCUGUACGACCUGUGCGUAUCUCGGUGAUUCUGUACAAAUUUCAUUUAUCUACCGAUGUACAGAUAUGUAACAGAUAUGUAAAGAUAACGACGGCUAAUACCGCCCGAUAUGGAAGGAAAUCUAGGAAACCUUGGAAUGCCCGUCAUAAGCACAAGGCAGGAUGAGUGGCUUGUCCUUGGUUACAUGCGAAGAGGAAAAUAAUAAUAAUACUGAUUAUAUCUCGUAACAAUGUACCUGCGAUGUCUUUGUUCCCUCGGUUGAUCUACCGAUACGCAACGUAGCUUUGCGUGGAUGUCGCAUAUCCUACGAUAGAUAUAUUUACUUGCAUUCCAGGGACUUUUCGUUUCCAUUCGCGAUACCACUCAAGCUACUCGGUUCUCGACGUCUCUGUACACAAUGGCGGGUGUCAAUUCUGUCGGUAUCGUGGACUCGGAUUCGAUCCCAGUUAAGAAGGACCCGAUUUCGAAUACCAGUAACGAUGUCGAAAGUCAUGUCGUGGUUCGCGAAGACGAAACAGCAGGCGUCAUUGAUAGGGCUGCAGAGAGGGCACUCUGUCGCAAAUUCGACCUUCGUCUAUUGCCUGUAUUAGCGAUCAUGUAUCUGUUCAAUGCACUCGAUAAAGGCAACCUAGGAAACGCGCAGACCGCAGGACUAUCCAAAGACUUGAACUUCAAACCGGGACAAUAUAAUCAAAUAGUCGGAAUAUUCUUCGUUCCCUAUGUCUUAUUUGCGCCACCUCUUGCGAUGGUGGGAAAGAAGUACGGACCGGCGCGCGUCCUCCCUAUUCUGAUGUUCUGUUUCGGCUCAUUCACACUACUCAUGGCGACAGCGACAAAUUUCGGUGGCAUCUUCGCGCUCCGAUGGUUUCUAGGGGUAACCGAAUCAGCUUUCUUUCCUCUCGUCAUCUACUACCAGACGACCUUCUACAGACGCGGCGAACUCGCGCGCCGUCUAGCCGUCUUCUACGCCGCAUCCAACAUAGCCAACGCCUUCAGCGGACUCCUCGCAUUCGGCUUACUUCGGAUCAAGUCGGAUCGAGUAGACCAUCCCUGGCGGUGGCUCUUCAUCGUCGAGGGUAGCGUUACCGUGUGCUUUUCGAUAUUCGCGUUCUUCUAUUUACCUCGAAGCGCCGCCGAGGCUCGAUUCUUGAAUGAGGAGGAGAAGGCGCUUGCGUACCGCCGUAUACAAGUGGAUAGCUCGUCGAUCGUCAACGAGAAGUUCGUGUUGCGGGAAGCGCUCAAGAUCUUCAAGAGACCAUCGGCGUACGGCUUCUUGUGUGUUGAGAUAUGUCUCGGUGUACCUUUGCAGGCCGUCGCUCUGUUCUUGCCGCAGAUUGUACAGCGGAUUGUCAGCGACACGGUUACGAUUAACUUGUACACUGUUGCGCCUAAUGUCACAGGUGCGGUUAUGUUGCUUAUCCUCGCGUUUACAUCCGACGCUUUGCGAAUCCGAUUUCCCUUCGUAUGCCUUGGAUUCGCAUUUACGUUCAUCGGUUUCAUCAUAUAUGCAGCGCUCCCAGAUGUUCACGCGCAAGUUCGAGUCGCAUAUUUCGCAACGUUCAUGAUGUGUUGGGGAACAUCCGCACCAUCGGUUCUACUAAGUACUUGGUAUAACAACAACGUAGCGCACGAAGGCGAACGUCUAAUAUUGACAUCGGUCGGAGUCCCUCUGGCGAAUCUCAUGGGAUUGGUACCCAGCUAUGUAUUCCAAGAAAAGGAUGCACCAAAAUAUGCACCCGCUCUUAUUACCACAGCAUGCUUUGGGGCUGUCGGAUGUCUUGUUGCGGGAACUUUGGGACUUUACAUGACAUGGGAUAAUAAGCGACGCAAUCGUCGGCAAGGCGUAAACCUCACUGCGAAGGAUGUGCCAACCAUGCAAUUAAGAGAUGGACCUCGGGUAGAAGAGUUCAGAUGGUUCUUGUAACGGUGUAGGCCGGCGAUGGACUCUUUUCGAGUCUACUUCGAAGGUUAUCAAUAUCACAAAUUGGAAAAUAAAAGUAUGAAUUCGACUCUUUGA